UAUCUGAUUUAUCAGCUACAGACAGAAUAUAGCAUGUUUUGCUGGCUUGCUGGAUUUGUUGUCUUAUCUAUCGUAUCUAAGGGAAAUGCCCGGAUGUGCCAGCUCUGUGGUUACAACAAGACUGUUGCGUCUGCCCCAAACGGUGCCACAAAUUCUGCUCAUCAUGGCGUGCAUCAGGGAAUGAACAACACGGAUUGUCUCUAUGGCAACCACACUGAGAGGAUAGACUGUGGCCAUGGUUACUGUGACGUCAUGGAUGUGUCUGUGACGAGAACACUGACGGGUAAUACCAAAGUGGAAACUGUCCUGGUGUUUCGAACCUGUCGUCCGAAUGUCACAGUUACUGGAUGUGAGAACAUGAGGGAAGACUCCCUGGUGGAAGGUUUCGCCGCUAACAAGAUCGCACUUUUGGAACUUGUAGCUGCGGGAAACACCGAUGCCAUGGCAACCGGCACUGUUGUCAAGGGGACGAGAUGCGCGUGUAACAGCGGAGACAACUGUAAUGCAGCGCCUUCUGUGUUUAUUCCUCAGGCGUCGCAGAGUGGGCUGAUCCACAACAAAGCGGGGAGUCUUCUCCAGAAUUCUCUUGUGAUGUUCAUUGGACUUACUCUUUUCGCCUUCAACAAUUAAUCAUGUUAAGUCCACACAGGUGUAGGCCGAGGUCAACAUAUUUUACCUAAAAAAAAUACAAAUUUCAAAAUUCAUGCAUGGAAAAUAAUUUGUAGUCUAUCAAGCCAUACAUCCCAGCCACGCAUAUGCAAAGUAUGAUAAAGUGUAGGGUAAUAAUAAACAGAUAGCCAGUGCACCUUUAAUCAUGAUCUUAAUCAUACCUUAACAUAAUAUGCAUUAAAGUAUUCAAAACGAUCAAAAUGCCUACGGACAGCUGCAAUACUUUGAUGUGAUAAAUGUAUUACACGUGUUACCAUUAACUAGAAGUUAGACAAAAAAGAAACAACAGACGGCAGCGAUAGGCAUGUUCUUAUAUAAGGAAUGUUAUUCCAGUUUAAGUGCUUUUCACUAUUCAAAUCGGUGGCAAAGGUAUUCGAUACAUAGGU